AAAAAAAAAAUUAAAUCCAAAUGAAAGUGCUGAAAGUAAAUAAAUGAUAAGUAAAUAACAAAAACCGCAGAAAUACAACAAAUAACCAAACGUGUGCAUAGUGUAGAUCCAAUACGUAUUAGGUGUAUAUAUAAUCCGUAUAUAUAUAGGCCAAUAUAUAUAUAUAUUCCAUAUAUAUCGCGAGUGUUAAAAUGCUGCCCAUCGCAGCAUCUACCAACGUCGGGAUGUCGUCUCUCUGAAAUCAAAAUUUAAACCAAAUCAAAUCAAAAAUAUAUAUAAAAAUAAUAUAGCAAAGCCAAAUCAAAAUUGCAUCUCAAAUUGUUGUCGGUUUCAACAAUUUGAGCUAAAAGAUAUAUAUAUAAAUCUUUGGUCCUAUCAGACAUUAAGCAACGGCCUCACAACGGAGUCCCCGGAGUUUCUGCGGUUAGAGGAAGAGGAUUUCGAGAUGGAUAUCCUACCGAGUGGAAAUAUCUUCAACGAGCUGGAGAGGAUUUGCACAACCGGCUACUUUUCGUCGCAGCCAUCGAUUGAGGAUCAAUGGCAACAGACCUGCUAUGAACUGGAACGCUAUCUGCGGGACGAGCCGAAGCUGCAGAAGAAGAUCCACAGCAACCCGGACCAUGUCUGGGACAUAUUCUCCACGCCCGCCCGCCUGCUCGAGGAGCUGAAGAUCAAGGAGCAGCACCUGGACACGAUCUCGACGACCUCCUCGGUCUCGUCCAACUGCUCGGGCAUCUCGUGGGACAGCAAUGGCUCCCAGGCGCUCAGCUGCUCCGUGCUGGUCAAGCAGGAGCGGAUUGACGAGGAGGAUGACGAGGCGGGCUGCGACGACAAGCUGGGCGUGCUCUUUGCGGCGCCUCCCUCAGCCAUCUCGCCCAACCCGAGCAUCGGCAGUGCCGGCAACAUGACGCCCACCAGCAACAGCAGCAGCAGCGGCAGUGUCACCUCCGGUGGCAACAUCGUGGCCAGUCCCAUGAGCAGCCUGGGCAGCGGCAGCACCAUUACGGUCAGCUCGCGGAAUAGCUCGGCGCCGGGCAUCAAGGUGCGCGUGGUGCAGGCCAAGAGCCACCAGGGCAGCAGUGCCAGGCUGCACUUGGGCCAUGUCCAGGACUUUGUGCUGCCCACUCUCACGCCGCCCUCCUCGCCGGAAUCUAGCCUGCGCAGCCACAACUAUGCCCAGCAGCUGGAGGCCAACGACCUGGCAGCCCUGAUACAGCAGCAGCAGCAGCAGCAACAGCAACAGCAGCAGCAACAACAGCAGCAACAGCCACAGCAUGUGGCAACACCCACGAGCAACUCCACACCCGCUACAGCAAUCCUGCGCUUCAGCAGCCAGAGCAAUCCCACGAUGACCCAGCUGCAACAGCAGCAGCAGCAGCUGGCCGUCCAGCACCUGAGCAUAUCGCCGCAGGCCCUUGGCCACGGCAGCAGCAGCCACUCCCCCAAGGGCAGCCUGAGUAGCGGCAGCAGUAGCAGCAGCAGCAGCUCCAGUUCCAGCUCCAGCUCUAGCGGCACCAGCGACCCGUCUCCCCACAGCAACAUUCCGCGCAGCACCAUCGUCCGCCUGACGACGGCCAACGGGAAGCCGGGAGCGGCUGGCAUUAGCUUGGCCCGCGUCAUCCAGAUGCAGAACAACGGCAAUGCCAAUGUGGCCGCCGUGCUCAAUGCUGCGGCCAACAGCAGCAGCAGCAGCAACACCAACGGAAACAACACCAGCAGCAACACGGCGACACAGCAGCAACAGGUGUUGUCGCCGCGUGCUGAAAAGUCUUCAAAUGGCUCCUCGAAAUCGCAUCACCCGCGUCAACAUCACAGCGAUCACAGCCCGGACGCCAAGCGGCGGAUACACAAGUGCCAAUUUCUGGGCUGCAAAAAAGUCUACACGAAGAGCUCGCACCUGAAGGCCCACCAAAGAACGCACACAGGUGAGAAGCCAUACAAGUGCUCCUGGGAGGGCUGCGAGUGGAGAUUCGCGCGGAGCGACGAGCUGACCCGCCACUACCGCAAACACACCGGCGCCAAGCCGUUCAAGUGCCGCAACUGCGAUCGCUGCUUCUCGCGAUCCGAUCACCUGGCGCUGCACAUGAAGCGCCACAUGUGAGGCGAAAUCUAAGCGUCGGGUCCGGAAAAGCCAGCGGCGGAGGACGGGGAGUUCAGCGGAAACUGUGUGCCAUCAAGGAACGAUGAAAAACUUGCGUAACGCUAAUCAAAAACCACUCAAUUCGUGGAGCAGGGGAGGGAGCAGAGGUGGAGGAGAGUGAGAAGUGAGAAAAAAAAUCAAAGAAAACAUCACAACACAAGCACAAAGAUGGAAAUUCAAGUUCUCUGAUUCGGAUUAAUAUUUGUGUUGCCGCCAUUAUUGUCGCCGUUAUCGUUUUCGUUAUGGUUAUCGUCGUUAUCGUUUCAAUUGCAAAUUCGAUUUGUUUCAAUGCCUUGUUAAGUGUAAGUUAAGCUAUCGAUCGCAUUUCCCCAUUCACACCUAGCAUUUAGCCGCAAGUUCUGAACAAAACAGCAAAAAUUGUGUACAAUUUACCAAAGCUAAGCAGAUUUCUUCAAUAAGUAAAAAGCAGCAACAAAAACAAAAAACAGAAAAAGCAAAAGCAAACAAAAAAAAAUAUUGUAAUUUAAUAAGAUAUAAAAAAGAUAUUUUUGUUUUCAUGAUGUGAACACUGCCAAAACGAAAAUGUAAAAAAACAAAUCACAAAAAAAAAAAGAGAGAAACCCUAAAAACUAGUAAAAAUAUAUGUAAAUGUAAACAAGUAAUAUAUAAACAAUUAGUUUCGUAUGUCAGCAACAGCAGAUAGGAAUACAAAAUACGAGAAAAAAGUAAAGUGCAAAAUAUGUUUUAAACAAAACAAAGCGAAACACAAAACGCUGAGAAUGCUUUUUUUCUUAAACUAAUUUUAAAUGUAAUUUAAACGUUGCCUAGGUCUGAUUAUCAUUUCACCGCAGCACUCGAAAUUGGAGCCUAUUAACCCUAAAUUUAAUAAAACAAAAUUAAAAAGAAAAAAACCCAAUUAAAUUUCACUUGAUAUUGGCCAUUCGGUUGCUGUGUCUUUGAUAAAUAUACGUAAUUAUUUAAUAUUCGCAACCUCACAACUAAGUGAUGGAAAGUAUUACAACACACAUUUUGAUACGUUUACCUAGUUUAAUCCAAAUUAAAUUCUCGAUCGAAAAGCAUACAAAUUCUUCUUUAUGUGCCUCAUUAAUUUUAAUUUAAUAAAAUCAAGCAAAUUCCUUGGAGCUAAGUGAGUUCUACGCCCACCUACCUUGUUAGUUCUUUCAUUUUGUAGAGCCACUUUAUUUUGUAAUGUAUCAUUUCCUCAUUUAUUGUUUACAAUGAUUUGUUUAAUUUUUAAUUAUUUUUAAAUAAAGAAAAGUAUGUGAAAAGCGAA